AUUUAUUGUUUCGGGGCUGGAUGGUAAGGGAGGGGCAGCAGUAGGAAUCCCACUUGUCAGACAGGAAGAAGGAGGACUUCUUGGCCACCUCGACCAUGGCACCCAAGAAAGCAAAGAAGAGAGCAGAGGGCGCAAACUCCAAUGUCUUCUCCAUGUUUGAGCAGACCCAGAUCCAGGAAUUCAAGGAGGCAUUUACCAUCAUGGACCAGAACCGGGAUGGCUUCAUUGACAAAGCAGACCUAAGGGAUACGUUCGCUGCCCUUGGUCGUGUGAAUGUGAAGAAUGAAGAAAUCGAUGAAAUGAUAAAGGAAGCUCCAGGACCAAUCAACUUCACCGUCUUCCUGACCAUGUUUGGGGAAAAACUCAAGGGUGCUGACCCAGAAGAAACUAUUCUCAAUGCAUUCAAAGUGUUUGAUCCAGAAGGCAAGGGGGUGCUGAAGUCUGACUAUAUCCAAGAAAUGCUCACCACCCAAGCAGAGAGGUUUUCUAAAGAGGAGAUUGACCAGAUGUUUGCAGCCUUCCCUCCAGAUGUGACUGGAAACCUUGAUUACAAGAAUCUUGUGCAUAUCAUCACACACGGGGAAGAAAAAGAUUAGGGGCGUGGGGGGGCUUUUCUCCUGUUCCUUCAACCCUUCCAUGGCUAGUAAGUGUCCUGACCCAUCCACUUGCCCUGGUCCCUGCAUCCUGAAUCCCUAACUUACUUACUCCCAUUUAUUAGCUGUGUCCAUACCUUGCUUCCACCUGUUCGUUCUCUGGUGCCCCCCCUUUCCCCUACCCCUGCCCCUCCGCAUCCCACCACCCCUGCUUUUGGAUCCUGCCUCUAGGUUUCCUUUUGCAAAAUGAGAUAUGAACAUGUCUCAAUAAAGUGCAGUUAUGUCUUUGA